AUGCUCGACGAACGAGUUGCGCUCGCCACGAACCUGCCGUCGGUGUCCACUUCCAGGGGCACGCUCCCCGCGCAGCACCUCAAUCCCCCAAAGGUUGACGCGUACGAGAUCCUCAAUGCGUGCGCAACGCGCGCCGCCGCCUGGAUGCCGGAGCUCGCUACUCGAUAUGAAGAGGCCUUUCCCUCGUCGCAGGGGCGCAACCCCGGUGUCCCCGAUGUUGUCUGGAAACUGCUCGAGGCAGACAAGUGGGCUGCGCUUGAAGCCGCGCAUCGUCAGAAAGAAGAAUUGAAUGCGCUUGAGGAGGCAGCCAGGGACGCAUAUCGCGCAGAGGAAGCACAGAAGGCUCUCGAACUAGACCUUGUCUGUCGAGCGCGCGAGCCCAGCGCCGACGCAGAGAUCAAACGUCAGUUCGAGGAGCAGCGCCUCAAGAGGGUCACAGCCAUUGCCGUACGCCAGGCAAAGGAAAGAGGCGCAUCGGCAGAAGGAAUUAGAGCAGGCGCAGAAGGAGCAGGGUGA